AACUCCAUCGCCAUCACUGUACACACGGGAGGAGGACACACCCCCACACCCAGCAGGUAAAAAGGUAUUCGGCCGAUUCGGUGACGCCGCUUUCUUGGCUCCUCUCUCGCUCGUCUUCCUCUUCUUCUUCUCUCUCGGUCGCUUUGUUUGGGAGAGAAAAAAAAGGGGGAAGAAAAGAGGCGGGCGGAGCGAGAGAGAGAGAGAGGACGGGUUUGAUUCCUCGAAUCGAGGCAACGAAGCGGCGUCCGGCAGUUUCGCUGGGGCUGGGGAACAUCCCAGCGCUCGGGGAUUCAGCGAGGAGGGCGGCAGCGGGUGAAAGGCGAGGCCUUUAAUUCGCGCCGUUCUUCUCUCCUGACGCGUUUUGCUGCUUCAUUAAUGGGGUGAACUAAAUGCCUGAGGGAGCGCCCAAGGGUCGCACGGGAGGUUUCUCUCCGUUGUUCGGCCGCCAAAUUCGACCUUACUCACGGUGGUGAAGGAAAAGCCGGUGCUUUUGGAGCGCUUGGGUUGGUAUCGUGGCCGCGCGGAUCGGAGUCUCGGCUGAGCGAUAUGCUGAAGAAAGGUGAUACGCUGUACGAAGAGCUGUGGAGGGCGUGCGCGGGACCUCUGGUGGAGAUUCCCCGGGUGGAUGAGAGGGUGUUCUACUUCCCCCAAGGUCAUCUGGAGCAGUUGGAGGUUUCGACAGAUCAGGAGUUGAACCAGCAGAUUCCGCUGUUCAACCUUCCUCCCAAAAUUCUAUGCCGCGUUGUCAAUGUUACUCUAAAGGCCGAACCCGACACUGACGAAGUCUAUGCUCAAAUCACUCUGAUUCCUGAGUCAGACCAAAACGAGCCUACCAGUCCUGAUCCAUGUGUUCUGGAGACGCCGAGACCGGUGGUUCAUUCCUUCUGUAAGAUAUUGACAGCUUCUGAUACAAGCACCCAUGGUGGCUUCUCGGUUCUUCGUAGACAUGCCACCGAAUGUCUUCCUCCUCUAGAUGUAUCACAACAAACCCCCUCACAAGAGUUGGUUGCCGAGGAUUUGCACAGUUUGGAAUGGCGAUUUAAACACAUAUUCAGAGGUCAACCACGGCGACAUUUGCUCACAACAGGAUGGAGUACAUUUGUAGCAUCAAAGAGAUUAGUCGCUGGUGAUGCAUUCAUCUUAAUGAGAGGGGAGAAUGAUGAACUGCGGGUUGGAGUGAGGCGACUCGCCCGCUGCCAAAACACUCUGCCGACAUCUGUGAUAUCUAGUCAUAGCAUGCAUGUUGGACUACUUGCCACUGCAUCACAUGCCAUUUCAACUCAUACACUUUUCAUGGUGUACUACAAGCCUAGGUGUAAUCAGUUCAUUGUUAGUCUCAACAAGUAUCUGGAGGCAACUAAAAAUGAAUUUGCAGUUGGGAUGAGAUUCAAGAUGAAAUUUGAGGGAGAAGAUGUUCCAGAGAAAAGUUUCACUGGUACUGUAAUUGGAAUUGGAGACAUUUCUUCACAGUGGCCAGGUUCAAAGUGGAGAUCAUUAAAGGUGCAUUGGGAUGAAGCAUCUAGCAUUCAGAAACCAGAGAAGAUCUCUCCAUGGGAUGUUGAGCCUUUCGGUCAACCCAUCUCUGCUUCUGGUGAUCCUCAGGCAGCCUUUUCCAAGAAGAGAGCUCGGUCACCCUUGGACCUCCCUGGCACUGAACCUAGUUCAACUUUUAGGCAUCCUGUUGAGGACCAGAUGUUCGACCUAAGACCACCGAACAGCAUCAGCGCUAGGAGCUCAGAGACUCGAUUUCUCUGGUCACCUAGGCAGACAGAGAGCAUCAACUUCAAUUAUUUAAAUAUUCCCAGGCCAUGCAACAGAGGAUUGUUGGAUGGCUGGUCGAAAGACUCAUCUUCACUGCCACAUGUUACGCCCAAGCGUUUGGAGGAUGCUGUUGGUGAUGCAGAGGCCACUCUCCCUUCCUGGGGGCUUGCCUUGACUCCUAUAACUGAAGAACCAUCAUUGGAUUUGGAAUGCAAGAUUGAGAAUGAGAAGAAGCCUAAGAGUAGCGGUUGUUACCGGUUGUUUGGGAUUGACUUAGUCAGUCCUUCCGCUGGCAUAUCUUCAACCGUGUUAUCGGGUGACCAUGCGUGCAUAUCAAGUGCCACAACUGAGGAUCCUGUUGCUGCCACCGCUUUGAACGAGGACUUGGAUGAGCAGUCUGGAGUUUCAAAAGCUUCAAAAGAGACAAAACAAGUGCUGCAGGCAUCUCCAAAGGAGAUUCAGAGCAAACAAAACAUUGCUGCCAGAAGCUGUACCAAGGUUCACAUGCAAGGAAUUGCAGUUGGCCGAGCUGUAGACUUGGCAAACCUAGAAGGUUACGAUGAAUUGUUCAUAGAGCUAGAACAGAUGUUUGAGAUCAAAGGAGAGCUUCGCUGUCGCGACAAAUGGGAGGUUGUCUUUACUGAUGAUGAAGGGGAUAUGAUGCUGGUCGGCGACUAUCCAUGGCCGGAAUUUUGUGAAGUGGCAAGGAAGAUACUCAUCUAUCCAAGUGAAGAUGUGAAGAGGGUGGAGCCUGAGAACAAGUUACCUGCCACUUCUUCCACAUAGGGUGAAGCCAUCUGCUGUUUCCCACCCAGAAGAAAACUCAACUGAAGGUCGGCAUGCUUUCACUCUUCCCUACCGAUCUGUUGGUUGGGGGACUCCUCAUCAUGCAUGACAACAGUCAAUAAAAUGUCAUGCUUCUUGCAAUUCUGUUUUCCAAAAGAAGCCUAUAAUUGAAAGGCUGGUGUUCCGAACGAGUCAGUUUGAUCAUUGCAUCCUUUAAGCGAAGUUUCGCUAUCCUUGCAAUGCAUUCAGCAAA